UGAAACAUCAAAAGACAUUAGAAAAAUGAAAAUGGAAUGGGUUUACAUGUGUAUAGGCACUUUGUUGGCAUGCUACAUUUUUGUAAACAAAAUAGUGAAGAAUUUGAAUGGAUGGUAUUAUAAUCUCAAACUAAGAAACAAAGACUACCCUUUGCCUCCUGGUCACAUGGGAUGGCCUCUAAUAGGGAAUCUAUUUACUUUCAUUCAAGAUUUCUCAUCAGGCCAACCUGAUUCAUUCAUUACCAAUCUUAUUCUCAAAUAUGGAAGAAAUGGUAUCUACAAGACACACUUGUUUGGAAAUCCAAGUAUAAUAAUAUGUGAGCCUGAGAUGGGUAAGAGAGUGAUUUCAAAUGAUGAGAACUUUAAACUUGGUUAUCCAAAAUCCAUCAAAGAGUUAGCACGAUGUAGACCAAUGAUUGAUGUAUCUAAGGAAGAACAUAGACAUUUUCGAAGACUAAUUACAUCUCCCAUUGUUGGUCACAAGGCACUAGCAAUGUAUAUAGAACGUCUCGAGGACAUUGUGGUCAAUUCCUUAGAAGAAUUGUCUAGCAUGAAACAUCCUAUUGAGUUUUUGAAAGAGAUGAAGAAAGUUUCCUUUAAAGCCAUUGUCCAUGUUUUCAUGGGAACUUCUAAUGACAACAUUAUUAAAAGCAUUGGAAGUUCUUUUACUGAUUUGUAUAAUGGCAUGUACUCCAUUCCCAUCAAUGCACCUGGAUUCACUUUCCACAAAGCACUCAAGGCACGCAAGAAGCUAGCUAAAAUAGUUCAACCUGUUGUGGAUGAAAAGAGAUUAAUGAUAAAAAAUGGUCAACAAGUGGAAGAGAAAAAAGAUCUUAUGGAUAUUCUGUUGGAAGUGAAAGAUGAGAAUGGUAGAAAAUUAGAAGAUGAAGAUAUUAGUGACUUGUUGAUAGGGCUUUUAUUUGCUGGACAUGAAAGUACAGCAACUAGUCUAAUGUGGUCAGUUAUACAUCUUACACAGCAUCCACACAUCCUUAAAAAAGCCAAGGAAGAGCAGGAAGAAAUCUUGAGGACAAGACCAGAUUCCCAGAAGCGAUUAAGUCUCAAUGAAGUCAAACAAAUGACUUAUCUUUCUCAUGUAAUCAAUGAAACAUUGCGAUGUGCCAACAUUGCCUUUUCAAUUUUUCGGGAGGCAACAUCUGAUGUUAACCUUAAUGGUUAUCUCAUACCAAAAGGGUGGAGAGUGCUAAUAUGGGCAAGAGCUAUUCAUAUGAGUGAUGAAUAUUACCCAAAUCCACAAGAAUUUAAUCCAUCUAGAUGGGAUAAUUACACUCCCAAAGCAGGGACUUUCAUUCCUUUUGGAGCAGGAAGUAGGCUCUGUCCUGGAGCUGACUUAGUCAAACUUGAAAUUUCCAUAUUUCUUCAUUAUUUUCUCCUUAACUACAGGUUGGAGCGAAUAAAUCCACAAUGUCCUAUUACUAGCUUGCCAGUAUCUAAACCAACUGACAAUUGUCUAGCUAAGGUGAUAAAAGUGUCAUGUGCUUAGCUAUUUUUGAAGCCAAGCUACUUGUUUGAAAAUCAACAAUUGUUUGCUUCUUAUGUCACAAAACUUUCUGGUGUUGUUGUUUUUAGUUUGUUUCUUAGAGUGCCAUCCUGUGUUUUUGAAGAAGAAAAAAAAAGGUUGUAAAAGCAAAAAAUAAUAAUAAAUUUGUAAUGGUGUGACAUUGAUGGAGAUUCACCUGGGCUUUUGAUGUUUGGUCUAGGACUGUAUCAUGGUGGGUUUGGAUGGAUUUUUGUUUUUGGGUUGGCUCAGACUUUCAAGCACAUGAUUUCACAUUUGUUUACAAUCCUUUAUUGAGGAUGAAUACAUUUUUUCUCCUAUGAUAUUGGGUUUGGGCUUAUGUUUGUUCUUUGUAAGUUGAAGUGUUUUUUUACUCUCAUUAAUAAUAUUUUAUUUAUUUAGAAAAAA